UGGUUGGCUCCGUUGCUAUGCUAGUGUGGACGUUCUCUCGGGUGAUGGAGAAAAAGGCAGCUAGCUCGCCGGGUUUGACCUCAUAAAACGUCUCAUUUGGACUCCGCGACCAUUACAAAACCAUGGCCGGGAUAAGACGAGCUGCUGGCAAAUAUUCGGGAGUCAACCCGGCCGUCAGUUGCUGCCGCCUGCGUCAGGUCCAGUCUCUGCUUGGUGUCGGUGAUACUUUGAGUUCUGAUGGGAUCCUGUGCUCUCUCGGAAUCGACAGUAGGUAUAACGAAGGCUGCACGGAGCUGGCUAAAUAUCUCUUCUACGGACUCUAUGGAAGAAGUGCCAUCAACGUGGAACAUUCGCUGGAGGGAUGUUCAGAGGAAAUGCUGGAUGACGUGAUCCUUGUAAUCAAGGCCGAGUGCGUUCUCCUCUACUGCAACCCGCUCAACUUGGUUCACCUGCUGCCCUACGUGUCCCACUGGAGGAACCUGCACCUCUACUGCAUGACCGAAGCCGAGUAUGAAGACGAAGAGGCGGCGGAGGAGUUCAAAAUCUCGAGUUUUGUCAGCAUGGUGCAGGACUGCCAUCGUAUCGGCGUGCCCUACAGCUCCCUGGGCCACGUCCAAAAGUUUGACAUUUUCACGGUGGAAAAGUGGCCCCUCAUUCAGGCUUUCGCCCUUGAGGGCAUCGGCGGAGGAAGCUUUUUCACCAUGAAGUACAAGUUGUCGGACACGAGUGAGCAACUGUGGCGCCUUUACAGCAGACUGGACUCCGUGUCGUUCGACCGGCUACUCGCUGAGGACUUGAGCAGCUUUGAGAGGCAGUGGAGCAGCUUCUUCUCCCGCAUGGAACUGGAGAGCCACCUGUCCAUCGUGGAGCUGUCUGAGGCUCAGGCAGGAGAGGCCUUCCGCACAUAUUUCUCCCACGGUCUGAUCUCGAGCAACCUCACAGACAAAAGUAAAGAUCGGCAACCCUUGGUGUUGUUCGGUGCACACUCGACCUCAGAGGACUUGGACAACUACUCCUUCAACUUUCCCUCUGAGAGUCACCAAGUUGGCAACACGGGACCUGGAGGCUCCCCGGCAAGACACAUGAUUUUGCAGUCCGCGGCUCCCCGAGGACCGUUAGCCUGCUCUCGGACCUAUUUCUUUGGAACCACGCACACGCCACCCGACCUCGAGAGUCAACAUGCAAAGUCACAGAAGAGAGAAGUCUCGCUGUUGUCGCGCGUGUAUUCGGCGGCGGUUCAAGCUGUUCUUGGAGGAAUUAAAUGCUUCUCCAGCACCUCCAGUGCCACCAAGGCGAAAGACGUAGCACAGCACACUUUUCUGGCGGAGUUGGACUCGUUGGAUUUAAGCGCACACCGGAGUAUUCUCAGGUCCAGGUGUGAAUUCACCAUUCAGGCAGCCGAUAACCAGGGAAGAUUCCUUCCAUUGGCUGAUGCCGCAAGCCGCUUUGUCAUAAAAACAGCUUCCAUGACGGUCCGCGACGUGCCAGACCUGCAGGGGCACGGGGGCAACCUGGGCUCCGUGGUCUUCUCCGAAGCCUUCCUUGACUCAAGCAUCAGCAUUCAACACAGAGGUGGCGCUGUGUCCGCAGACAGCUGCUACACGGUCCUGACCGCCACCGUGCCCCGCUACACCUGCUGGAUGAUGGAAUCUGACGUCCAGCAGUCCGAGCUGGCCCAGCAACUCGCAAAGAAAGAGGAAAACGCAUGUCUGGGAAGCGCUCUGACCGACGCCAACGCCGCUUACGUGUUGUCCAGCAGUCCACUCUCAGCGCCCGAAGACGGGAAGAUGGUCUUCUUCACCAGGGGGCUUCUGUUUGUCCACUCACAGUACGGAAGCAUCACUCUCUCGCAGGAACACAUCAGCGCCGUCAGAUUCUACGACCCAGACCCCGAUGCUGUAGCGUCACUCUUUGUGGACUACAAGAGCGCCCUGCUUCCCCACGUGCCCUUCUCCCUCCACAGCUCGGACCACUGCCUGGUCUUCGCCCUGCAGCCCAGGUCCGAAAGCUACAGAGGCUUCUAUUCCAAGGUUUUGCCGGUGUGGCAAAGUGCUGAAUGUGGACUCACUCUGCACUUUGUGGACCAGGAUCAGCUGACAUGGAGCCACAAAAACAUGCACAGCAGGCUGCAGCAGCUGCACGAUGGUCAAGAGCCUCCUGUGGCCAAACGCAGAGGCACCUUGAAAACGUUGCACUCGCACCUCCCAGAGCGAGAAAUGUUUCUGCAGCACUUCUCCUUGAGCAGCAUCGGCGAGGAGCCCAUACUGUCCGACCACUUGGGGGCGCUCUUCCCCUCCGCAGAACUGAGUGCUGCCUCAGGGAACCAUGGAGACAAGGUUGUCAUCACCAUCAUUAGUGGGCUGCCAGGAAGCCACAAGGAGACACUUUGCCGUUUCCUGGUGCAGCUGAACAAAGAAUACGGAAGGUGGUUGGUGUAUCCUCCCACGGCGGGCGCCUGCGACGACGCCUUCUCGGCCUCCCGUCUGCAGGAAUUUCUGUCCCACGUCGCCGCCAGCCAGAAGAAGAGGAUGGGAGGGAAGGUGCGCCUGUUGGUGCUCUCACCUGGAUACACCGAUGUUCUAGACCUUGUCCAGGCCGUGCUUAUACACCCGGACCCCAUCGUCCGCGCCCGUUUUAUCAUCGGUGCUGUCACCGCCUGUGUGGAUCCACUCGCCUCCUGCAUGGAGCACAGGUUUGCUUUUCCCAAGCUGCUGGAGCAGUGCAGCCAAGGUAUCGUGAAUGCUGUGGUGUUCACUGGGGCUGCGGCAGACCAGAAGCACCCCCUCGUGCGGCAUGUUCAGCAGGUGGUACGUGCCGCCAACCCAACCGCCGCCUUCGUCCUGGCGGCGAGGGGAGCCCUCACAAGGAAUGAAGAUGUCCAAGUGAUUUUGUCGGAGAGCAGCUUCAGUGCACCUCAGAUGCUGAGAGCACGCUACGUCCUCUACCCUGGCUGGUGCAACGGCCGCUUCCUCUCUGGUUCCGGAUCCUCGGUCCUCUCCCAGCAUCGCGUUGCUUUCAGCCGGCCCCUGGAGAGGUCUCUAUUUGUGGCCCGCUCUAAAGCGUUCAAGAUGUCGCUGAGGCCAAGCCCCUUCAAAGGAAAUGUCUACAAUGUGUGGGGCAAGGUCAGGUUCUCUGACUCGCCGCAGGUGACGGAGGUGAGCUACAGCGCGGCGAGCGGCGACCUCCGCAUUGUCCCAGAGCAGAGCGCCGAGCCCAAGAGUGAAACCUCCUGCUUCCUGGUCUUUGAUGGCGUCGGCCUGACUGAGGAUGCGCUCAAGGACUGGCUCAGACUGUGCGCCAAGCAGACGCCGACCAAGAAGACUAAAAAGACCGAAAUGACGCUUUCACCUCAAGAAAUGAAGAACAUUCAUAUGAGCCGACGCUCGGACCCGCUGCCGCCAGGAUUCUUCUACAACGGCUGUCAGUACGUAGAUGUGUUCGGAGAGAAGCGAGACUGCCAUCCCAACAUGUUUCAGUUUGUUCAAGAGUACGUGGCCGAGGCCAACAAACGCAUCGAGACGUUCAACCGCCAGCUGGAGUUGCAAGCGGACUUGUUUGAUCCCUGAAAAGAAAUCAUCGACUGGUUGGUGGGGGGGGGUGGGGCAUAGGGGUCACUGAAAACUCCACUUCUUUCUUUCAAGUGAAGGUGAGCGUUUGGAUAAGUUGUUUGUCUUUGGAAGAAGUCCGUUUCGCCGUCCAGGACCCGCCAGCUUCGGGGCUUGGCACAAACCGAAGGGAAUUUCUCCGGCCACUCUCCCGUGGCGUUUAUGUCACUUGGCGAAUUAAUGCCUCUAUUUGCGGCGACUGUGCCGGCCGGGCGACUGUGCCGGGCUCCCCCGCUGGUGGGCUUUCUCAAGAAUUGUCGUCACCCAAUCCGCCCCAGCACCUGCUUGUUCCGUCCUGAUGUAAACAACAAACGUCGAGGCCACCGCCACGACAACGGAGCGAGCUGCGUUAUUUUAAGAUACCCGCUGCAAAACUAAUGAAAGUGCAAUUAAGUGAGCAGGGGUCCCCACAAUGGCGGAACAGCUGAGGGCGGUGUUACGUGUCCUCCAGAAUCUUCUCUGUAUAUCACCGUGCUCUUUUUUUCCACUCAUGGUUACCAGGAAGAAAGUCAGCGAUAGAUGCGAGCUCAUACACGUGAUCAUUCAUUUAUUUGGUUUUUUUUAGGGGGAGUGGUGGUGGUUGUUUUUUUUUUUUUUUUUUUUUUAACCUUGUCGGGUUAGAACUGGGGUCUCCAAACUUUUUUCAUCGGCAGCCACAUACAGAAAAAACAAAGGCUGCAAGGGCCACUGUGACAUUCUUCACCUUGAAUUUAUUAAGCACGCUAAAACCACAGUGGUUACAUAAUUUUCCCAAACUUUUUCUCAAAGGUCUGAGAGCCAUGAGUGAUGCAUUUAAUCAAACGAUGAUUUGGCUAAGCAGUUUAAUAGGCGUAAAUGAAUAUGGAUGCACUUAUCUUCGUGGCUGACCAGUUCCUUCUGCACAGAAACAUUACAGCAAUCUAUUGGUGAAUAAUGCAGAAGAAUAACAGAAAAUAUGGGAAACGGCCCCUAGGCUGUAGUUUGCUCACCCCAGCGUUAGCACCAAGUCUGAAAGCCACAUUUUGUGAAUAUCCUAACAUACUAGCUAGCAUGUUACUGUACUGUUUGAUAUAUGUCUUCCUACACGGCACUGGAAACACGAGCGAAAAGAGGCUUAAACGAUGAGCAGGGUGCGAGCUUUCUUUCAAAAUGGGGUGCAGCAGUGUGGACAAACAAACCAUCAUUUGGACAGUUGCAUUUGUGUUUGCGCUAAAACACGAAAAUACGGCAAGAAACAACAACAAAGUACCGUGACAUCUUGGCGAGCCUUUAAACCCAAUAGUCUUCUUGCCAGGACCAGUAGAGUGCCGAAAAGUUGUCUUGCUGGAGACAUACAUUUUCUUUACUCAUGCUGCAUUCAAGAAUGCUGGGAAAUUGGAAAUAACCGACAUACACUGUAGGGUUACGGUUACGCUUUACCUAAUGUACAUCAAAUGAAAUAGUUAAUUGAAAGAAUGAUUCAUUCUUUCAUUCAUUUUCUGUACCGCUUACCCUCACGCGCUGGAGCCUAUCCCAGCUCUCUUCGGGCGAGAGGCGGGGUGCACCCUGAACCGGUUGCCAGCCAAUCACAGGGCACAUAGCAACAAACAACCAUUCGCACUCACAUUCACACCUACGGGCAAUUUAGAGUUCUCAAUUAACCUUCCAUGCAUGUUUUUGGGAUAUGGGAGGAAACGGGAGUACCCGGAGAAAACCCACGCAGGCGCGGGGGGAACAUGCAGACUCCACACAGAUAAGGCCGGGAUUUGAACCCGCAAUCUCACAACUGUGAGGCGGAUGUGCUAACCAGUCGGUCACCGUGCCGCCUAAAGAAUAAUUCUCAACUGAAAUUGUGGAGGCAUCAGAAUGCGAGUUAUAGUAUAGAUAUAAACACUUAAAAAACAUUGACUUUUCAACAGUUUCAUCUUUAUAAUUUAUAAUUUUUUUGCGGAAGAUUAAUGCCAUCACUUAGCUGGGUUGUCAUAUGAAGCGCUGUUGUCAAUAUUGUGCACAUUUGUCAUGAGGUCAACAUGGUAUCAUGUUUCCACUUGCUGUACACGUAAUGCAACAAACACAUUUUUCAUUCUUUCAUUGUGUUUUGUGAUCACAUUAUUAUUUGUGUAAAGGACACACACGUGGUUAAAUCCCAAAUAAUGAUCUAUGGUUUUAGUUUGACUUUUUUCGAGGAAAUAUUCAAGGUUGCUGUCGUUGCAUUCAUUCCAAAAAUAAGAACAUUAAUCAAAUGUAAUUGGUGAGAUGACUUUGAGAAAGUAAUUGAAAUAGUUACACUACUAUUACAUUUUCAACAGGAUAACUUGUAAUUGUAACCAAUGACAUUGCCGAAGUCAUCUUCCCAACACUGCUCGGAAAUCAAGGUACCAUCAUAUACCUUCUUCAAGACAAAAAGAACCCUCUUUGUGAAAAAGGCUACACAGUGAGUUUCCCUCAGUCAGAUUGGCCAAAUGAUUUUUUCAGCGUCGUGCCAGUCAGGGAGAGGAAAAGAAAACAAUAAAAGCGCUUCCUCCAGGUCGACAGGGCAAAAGUGAUAAAAGCUAUUUUCCCCCCCGUGUGUUUGUGCGGAUUUCUAUAAUCCACACUGCUGCCCCCCCAUGGGGCCCAGCGAGCCACCGCCGUCCCACCGUCCACACUCUCGAGCCCUGCCAUCCGAUGCUCGUGCGUUUGUGCCACCACUGUCUUUUCCAAUAACGGAAUGCUUAGAAUAGCACAUAACAUAGCAACCCACUAAGCCCGUAAUGUAUUCCAUUUAGCCGGCGUAAGAGGGUCAACGCCCCCCCCCCCCCCCCCCCCCCCGCUGUGCGCUCGCUCCUUUUCUGUAACUUAAGGCGUUAUAUAAAUCUUAAGACAUUAGAACUAUUAUUAUAAUAGAAGUGCAAUUGUACAUGCUGUUUUUGUAUAGUGCACACAUUCUUCUUAUCACAUUGCUCCCACCAGCUCUUCAAGGACCUUUAAAAGUAUUGGAAAACGUUAUUGGGGCGGGAUGACGACCGUGUGGGACUACGUGUAACCGACAGCCUUUUGUAUGCAAACAGGCUCACAAAACUGGUCGCAGGCUCUCUCUAAGCCCCGCAACCGUUGUCGUCUAGCUCUCGGUGUAAAUGACGUAACCGUCGCGGGGUUUUACCUCGACAGAUUGGCAAAAACACCAAAACCCGAAUUGGCCGAAAGAGGUCCUUAAAGAGGCCGGGAGGGUUCUGCGGGAUGUUUUCAAUGCACGCGAGGUGAGACAAUAAAGAAAUGAGCCUGCGGCACACGCAAAAGCCGUUCUUUAAUCCGGCACACAGAGCGUUACAUUUUUUUCUAAAAUUGGUUGAAAAAAAUGUAGUGAAAGAAGCCGUUUUUUGGUCAUGCAUUAUGUGAAAUUGUUUAUCUUACUAUUAUUUUUGGUUAUAGUAUUUUUGGUUUUUUAUUUGCAUGUAUUAUUUUUAUUGAUAAUUAUUUAAGUGAUAUACAUUAAUUUAAAAAAUGAGAAUUAUGUUUUUUUAACCCAUUUUAUGGUAUUCUCCUAAAGUACUUUUUAAAAUUUGAUUAAAUGUAUUAUAAUGAGUAUAGUACAUGAAAUAAAAUUUAUAAAUUGGCCAGUUAAAAAAGCAAUUCAUUUAACUCACACAAAACAAAUCUGAAUUUUAUUUUAUUGUAAUGAGUAUAAUAAAUUAAAUCAAAUUUGAAAGAUUACAUUGGUUAAUUAAAAUUAAAAUUUUGAAAUCUAGUUUAUAAUACGUAUCAUUUAUUGAAAAUUAUAUUUUUAAAUUCAUUUUUCUCAUGAAAUACUUGGUUUCAUUUAUUAAUGUAAAUAGAAAUGAAAUAAUUAGUUUAAAAAAUGACAUAUACAGGUAGAUUUUUCAUUUUGAUAACUAAUUGGUCACUUAAUUAUAAAUAAUAGAAUUACAAAUUUGUAUUAUUAUUCAAAUAAACUAUUUCACAUACACAUUUGACCGUUUUUAUGAGUAACCUGGCUCAUCUUUCCGUUUUGAAAUCUCAAAUUCAGCACAAAAGUUUAUACAUUGCGGAAUGGUGACCAGAUGUUGCGCAACACGAUUGCCUGAGCAGUCUCGUUUCUUUAUUGUCACAGCUUGUACACAACUGAGAUUAUACUUAUUAUAUGUUGUUUAUUAUCUAAAAUGACGACUACAAGUAUGCCUGCACUGUUUCGCAAGUGUUAUGAUGUCAUGGGAAGAGGAUGCCACGCGAAUUACCCAGAAUGCCUUUCACCAAGCAACUAGUACAACAAAGAUUUUACAUAUCUGCAUAGGAACAAAACAAGCAAAUUGUAUUUUUGUACAACUGUCAAUUGAAAAUUGGCGGGGAGAAAAAAGAGGUUUGUCGGAUCUAGCCGUGCCUUGGCCGACGACGGGCGAGGGUCCGUCUUUAUGCACUCGACAGUGCUGGUGAAAGGAAUCCGCGGAAUCAUCCUUGUUUGUUUUUCCUUAGCCAGAGGGCAAAGUCGGCUCGGUCACACGAGGGAGGGACGCUGCCGGAGGGCCCGAAACCAUUCCGAAGCAAAAAAAAAUGGUUUUCGACCAGAGUCGGAGCGUUGUAAUCGAUGCAAAUACAACUUCAAAUGCACGCUGAUCAUCACCUGGCCAAACGGCGUUCAGGCUCAUCCUGCUUCAAAGGUACAAUUACCUGUGCCUCGUCAAAUCAGCUUGUGGCACGUUGCGGUCAAUAGGGGGCAGCAUUCUAACAGGAAGACGAGUCCCGGACCUGAUCGUAAUGGGGACGAAGACCUUCGCCGGUAAUAGAAAAUGAACGCGUGGAUGAAAGUUUCAUCCAUCAUACGUAAGUGUAAAAUGAAGAAAAACAACCAAACAGUCUGUUUAAUCGAGGAACCCAGUACAAGUAUUCACACUUCUUCGAGUUUUCACCGAUACUGAGUACUGAUAGCGCUAAUGCUUUUGAUCCAUAACAUUUCAAUGAACACAAUGACAUAACACGUCCUUUCAUUCUGACACAUCAUUCGCCAGUGUGUCCAACCAGCCAGUACUUGGCUCAGUGUAGCGCCAACUACUGGCGAGGAGGACUGACUCGAUGUCAGAUUUUUACUUUUUUUUUUUUUUUUUUUUUUGCAUAAAGUAUUAGUGGCUGUUAUCGACAGCCUGCACAAGUUCCCGAUACAUUGAAAUAAGGCCGGUAUCCGUAGUCAGCCACCCGUCUUUUAAACGUCGACAAAAAAUAUUUUGAAGAAUUGGAAUUUUAAGUUCUUCUCCUGCAUGUGUUAAAAAAAAAAUUUUUUUUUAAAGUAACUGCUGUCACUUGAAAAAACUGAAAAUGAAUAAAACACUCAGUUUUAGCGUUAAAGAGAAAUGACCGAGAUGCCGUGUUGCAGUUUCGGCAUUUUUUAAGCAAUUGUAAAAGUUAACCAAAGUUAAAUUCUGUGGGCAAUGUCUUCACCGUUAUUAAUCAAAUGAUAUGAAAAUGACCCAUAUAUAUGCUUCCAGAUAUUGCGUUUUAAUGAGCAUUUGAUGAGAUGGAGAAGGAUAUAAUUCACACUGCAUGUCAUUUACUUCCCGCCCACCCUUACUGAACUGCAUUUACCGUUUCAUGAGAAAGUCGGAGUGCAAUUAUUUUGAAAAGGGCUGAUAUGCGCCAAUAGAAUGGCCCAGCCGAUUCCCGGGUCAGGCCCGAGUAAUAAUGCCACUAACAACACAGGCGACGACCUUUCAAAGGAAUGCUCGUCUCUGGUUGGGAUUUAAAGCCAAAAUCUCUCUGAAAUGCAGUGUCGGACCAAAUUUGGGACCCCCCUUGUUAGAUUGCACUUUGGGGGUCCCCGCCGGGCACUCCACAUGCCUCUCUAGCGCGCUAGCUCUCUGGCUAAUGUUUUUUAGCUGAUGUUAUAGGACGAAAACAAAGUUUGGUGUGUCUGUCAAGGGAAGGAGCUCCUACAAUCCAAUAUGGAAUGUGUUAUUAGGUGACUUCAGAAUGGAAAAAUCCACUUUUGAAGCGUCCAAAUGUAUUUUCUCAGGCCUCGGGGGGGACGGCGUGAAAUAAUUGUGUCCAUACGUGACCUGUCCGUCCGUCCGAGCUGCGUGACUAAUAUCUAUGUGCGACAAGAAGAGGAAGCUUUUAUUAUUGCUGUCCCCAAUCGAGUUGUGAUGGAUUUUUGAUGUCACGCCAGCACAAUUAGAUGAGGGGAAUGAAAAAAAAACAAAGGGCUCAUUUCUUCUCUCUUGAUAUCUAAAGGUGCCAAAUAUUUGUGUCUGAAGGGGCACGUCUAAUUGUAUUUUGCACAAACAAUUGCUGUAACUUGUGUUUUUUUUCCUCUGACUGAUGCUUUGUUUUUGUUUUUUUUAAUCAUACAGUAAUAAUCACCCUUGUGUGUGUAUUUACCAAAUUAAAUAAGUAUUACGCUGGG